GAGGCUGAACGGCUCGAGUAAAGUCCGUCCGUCCUCGCACAGACUACGGAAGACAACCGAACGUAACCGACACCGGGAGGCGAGCCGAACGUGGCCGUGGAACUUGCUUAAACAUUUUCACGCCACAGCCGACAAAAAAAAAAAAAAAAAAAAGAUUUCCACUCGCUCUACCCCUACAUCCGCCAGACUAAAUCAUAGUAACACGAGUGGUAUUUAAUAAUAAUUAUAAAAAAGAAAAAUGCAACCCAAUGGCUCCUGUUUACCGUUGAAGAAUCUCCUACUCUGAGGUGUAGUUUCUCUUCAAGAGGCGAGGAAUGCUAUCUGAGCAUCAAUGUUUCACUGGGGAAAGUGGAAGAAAAGGAUGGGAGCCAAUAGUUCUUCAAAGAAACCCGUUUUCGACGAAAAGGAAGAUGUGAACUUUGACCACUUUCAGAUAUUGCGGGCCAUUGGGAAGGGCAGCUUUGGAAAGGUAUGCAUCGUUCAAAAGAGGGACACAGAGAAGAUGUACGCCAUGAAGUACAUGAACAAACAACAAUGUAUAGAAAGAGAUGAGGUCCGAAACGUCUUUAGGGAGCUUGAGAUUCUACAGGAAAUUGAACAUGUUUUUUUAGUAAAUCUCUGGUACUCAUUCCAAGAUGAGGAGGACAUGUUCAUGGUGGUGGACCUCCUACUUGGAGGAGACCUUCGUUACCACCUGCAGCAGAGUGUCCCCUUCAGCGAGGAUGCCGUUAAGCUUUACCUCUGUGAGAUGACACUUGCACUAGACUACCUGCAAAGCCAGCACAUCAUCCACAGAGAUGUCAAACCAGACAACAUUCUUUUGGAUGAACAAGGCCACGCUCAUCUGACAGACUUUAACAUAGCGACAAUAAUAAAGGAUGGAGAGCGAGCAACGGCCUUAGCUGGAACCAAGCCGUACAUGGCUCCAGAGAUCUUUCAGUCCUUCUUGAAUGGAGGGAUGGGCUAUGCCUUUGAGGUAGACUGGUGGUCACUAGGGGUGACAGUCUUCGAAGUUCUACGGGGAUGGAGGCCUUAUGAGAUCCAUGCCAGUAACUCACUGGAGUCUCUGAUCCAGCUCUUCAGCACAGUCAGUGUCCAGUACAGCCCAGCCUGGCCCAAAGACCUGAUUUCUCUCCUGAGAAAGCUACUUACAGUGAACCCUGAGCAUCGUUUCUCCAGUCUGUCUGACAUGCAGACGUCUCCCUACCUCGCAGACAUCAACUGGGAUGCCAUUUAUGAAAAGAAGAUGGAAGCCGGAUUUGUUCCAAAUAAAGGUCGCCUCCACUGCGACCCAACCUUUGAGCUGGAGGAGAUGAUCUUGGAAUCACGUCCCCUUCACAAGAAGAAGAAAAGACUGGCAAAGAACCGGUCUCGAGACAACAGCAAAGAUUCACAGUCUGAGAACGACUAUCUACAGGAGUGCCUUGAAGCGGUGCAGCAAGAGUUCAUGAUCUUCAACCGUGAGAAGUUGAAAAAGCGUCAAGAAGAGGGUCAUAGUGAGGCUGGGGGUGACGAUGCCAGUGGAGAUGGAGAUGCGGAGGCCGUCGGCACCGACGACGACGCUGCCGAGCCUGAAGCGGAACCAGAGCCCGAGUCCUCUUCAAAACUGAGCAUGUGUGGCUCGGUGUGCUCCUCCCCUGGCAGCUGCUAGUGUCACAUCAGCUCACAGUGCAGGAUACAGGAUGAAGAUCUCUCAGUGCCAUGCCAGUAGAUAUAUUCUCCCCACUCCCCUUUGCAGUAGCCAGGAGGGGAGGAAGCACACAGCAGCAGGAACUGACGCACUGCAGGACCCAAUUAAAUUUUUUUUUUUUUUUUUGUAGCACCCUUCCCCCGGUAAGGCAAGAAUGAAGCAGAUUCUCCACCUCCUUCUCCGCCCUUCACAAUGCUCCAACUUCUAUGCAAUGUUACACUUCAUUCACAGCAUGACAAACAGUACCACACACUAGGAGAUGAAGCAGAAUGCUCGGCAAAGAUGAUGACAUCCUGAGCAAUAGCUGUUCACGAUAUUUUGGUUGCUUUGGUGGUUUUAGUGGAGAUGAUUCUCCUCUCCUCCUCUUCAAAAUGAGCCUAGGAUGACUGAAUAAUUCAACAUGCACAGGCAAUUUUACAGUUUUACAGCCUGUCUCUACUUCACUCCUGCCCCUGGCUUCUCUUAUGUCAUGAAUGCUCUAAUUCAGAGUAAUUGUUGUUCUUCUUAUGUAUUGGCAUACUUACUGUACUUACUGUAUAUUGCUGCACCUUCAGAAAAUCAUUGGCGUUUAGGCAACAAUGGCAAGCUAAGUAGUAGUAGUUGAUUAUUUGCAUUAUUCACAUUUAAACCAUGAAUUUUAGAGGCUUUCAUUUAUAUCCACUAUAAUUUAUUGAUUGCAUCUACAAAGUCAGUGAACCCAUGUAAAGAUGCAUUAUCUCAGACGUAGUAUCCUGUAUGCUCUGACUUAAGGUAAGUAGCUUUUCGGAGUAAAUAUCAAAAAGUUGAAAAUUAAGUCUGUUUCUCAAAAUAUUUUGUUUUUCUAGAUCGCCCUCCUGCAGUGCUCAUCCAGGGGAUUAAACUAACAAGAUGUCAGUAAUUCAAAUUGUUUUCCCAAUCAAAGUCCAGUAUUACCAUCGUGAUAGUGGUGCAUUUAAGGCGGGACCGUUAUUUUUCUUUUAAACUUGAGAACAUGUAGCAAUGAUCCACCCGUCAUAAAAUGAAAAACAUGUAAAUAGCAUACAUUGUGUAUGUAAAUAACUUCACCACAGUUUUAUGUGGGGCUGCAAACGCGACAUAUGUCAACUCAACUAAAGGAGGAGGUGUGUGAAGUCAAUCCUUUGUAUUGCUUCAUUCUGCUUUUAGCUCCAAGUGUGCAGGCACAUCUUGUAGGCAACAUAGGCCAAAGCUUUUCUACCAUUUGCAUAUCCAUUUCUCGGGAAGUGUGUGAAUGUAUCUUUCUUCUUUCUGUAUGACAUGGAUUUAACAGUCCAGUGUACAAUCAUAUUGCCAAGAUGUAGAAACGGGGAAUUUAAUGACGUGCAAAAGAGAGAAUUCUCCGGCCUGUGAGGUUGUUAGCUUAGUUUAGCGUAAUUUCAAUGCAAGAAUGUUGAGGAAUUGCCUAAAAGCUUGCAAUCCACUGUUGAACCCUCCUUUUGUUGUUCUACGUCAUCCACAGGCACAUGUCUCAAGGUGAUAUAGGAGAUUAAAAUUGGCUUAUGUCAUGGAAAUGGAAAUGCGUUAACUCUUUUCAACAGUAGUCUGGUAGAUUUAUUAGUGUUGGGAGCAGUUAGUAAUAUAUUACAUUUUCCCAUGAUUGUAAUGAUAAUGAAGAAAGCCGAUUCCUAGUUUUGGCUAAUCAACUUUCAUCUUACAAUGGAGCCUGUAGGGUCGAACGCAAUUCAUCACAGGAUGUCGGACAACCUUUGAUUUGUUUGGAUUCGUGAGGAAAAUAAAUAAUAAUAAACGCUGUGAGGCGUAACAAUACGUCGUCAUGUGGCAGGAGAAAGCAUGCUCAGUUACCACCAUACUUGCAGUUUUUCAUUGGAUUGUUUCAUAUUUGUGGCCUAAAAGUAUAUCUCAUGCAAAUAUUUACUGUAAUUUUAGCAUUUCGCGGUUAUGAAUGGCAAACAAUGAACUAAUUAGCGCUGCGGCGUAAAAAUACGUUAACACGUUGCGCAAACAAGUACGCUCAGUACUGCUGUACUUAGUUUUGUCUGUGGGUGUUUUAUGGCCUUAAAGUGUUUUUCAUACAAAUAUUUCCUGUAAACAUGAUUUUACAACUACAUUACUGUAGGUUAAUGAUGAUGUGUUCUGAGUUAUGUACAAAUUAGGAUCACACCACCCUAGGAGCAGAACGUUUCAUCUAUCCAGGAACCCUUGUAAUGUCACAAGAUUGCGGGUUUGAAUCCUUCUGACUUCACAGGCAGUUAAUCCUUUGAUGCCUGGUGGUGAGGUACGCUGACAUUUGACAUGAAAUUCUUCAGAACCUUUUUGAGGCAAAUACCCCCACAUAUUGUGUUGGUUCAUAAAAGUUAUAUCUUUGGGGUGUUUGAAUUAUGAUGUUCCAAUGUAAAUUUGUCUUUUUAAAAAAACAUUAGCGCAUUUCCCAAAAAUUUAAUAAGAGUGACUAGCAUUAUUAAAUGAGGCAAUACGUAGCAUCAUCCAAGUCUGUCAUAUACAUUUUUUUUUUUUUUUUUUUUUUGCAUGUACCUUGACAGUAUAAACCUGAUUUUGCCAACGCCUGGAGCUUGAGCUUUAAUGGCUGAUUUGUGCAUGCACAAGCUGUUGAUGAUAGCAUACCUCCAUACUCUCACCAUUGUUGACCCCAAGUGCAACUGGCCUGCGUGACUAUUUCUGGUGGUUUUACUGUACAGAAGUGCAUAAACCUGGUCUUAGAUGGCAUGGUAUCGUUGUAUGGCAUGGUUUACCUUCUGGGAUCCUGUAGUUUGUCUUGAUACUUUUAAUGUUCAUACAGCAGUGAGAGUGUUUUUUUUUUUUUCCUCCGGGCUCUCCCUGAGGUUGAUGACUUGUUAUUAUGGCGACUGCAGUUUGACGACAGUAAACAAAUACAGGCAUUUAUGACAAGGUGAAGGAAAUGAAAGAAACCAAGUCACUCAUUAUGGAGUGAGUGGAAUGAGGGUUUCCUUUUCGCACGAUCAAAAUACUGAAUAGUUGGUGGAGUUCAUUAAAAACAUUCUACACUAAAUAAAUACAAGCCUGUGUGCAUUAUGCUGAAUGCCAAUUAUUUGUAAAUGGAUAACUGAUUUUGAUGAUUCGGUGUAGCUUUCAAUAGUAAUCUGUUGUUUUGUUUUUGGAUAGCAGUGAUCAUUCCCAGAUGGACAUCGCUCAUGUUCCUUUUAAUUGUUAAUGUUUGGAUGCUCGUAGGUGUUUUCAAAGCACUCUGUGCUCGUAUUUGACCAGCAAAUCAUGUCUCCUAAUCAGCCGCGGUCCAGUCGAUGUCCUCGAGGUAUGCAAAAGUGUCGAUUUCUUUUUAACUGGGUCGAUUUUAUUUUGAAAGUUGGUGCCCUGUUACCUUUACGAUGCAAUUUAUGUUAUUCCUAUCUUCCAUACAAUCCUGCAGUGCAUCAUUUUGUGCGACAGAAUUUUUAUUAGGCGUUUGGUGAAAAGCCUUGUAUUGUAAACUUACUGAAACUGCUUGUGUGUUCACAACAUGCUGCUUCAACUGCUUUCGUAAAGAAAUAAAACUCCUUCCCGGAAGGUGCCUUUUGGCUUUCUUUUUUUUUGUGUCUGUUUUGAAUAAAACCUCUGUCGAAGACGGGUAGAGGUGAGUCAGUGGUGUCCCUCGGCCUAUUUUAGGGAUGGAAGGACGGAUACAAAGGUUGUCAAGAAAAUAAGUUGAUCACUGCUGCUAGGAAGAGUUAAUUCCAGCAAACAGCAAGUCCCAUGCUACUUAGCUACGCGAGCUAAUUAGUCUGAAAUGCAUUGAGAAGGUCCUGCUUGUUUACAUAAAGAUGAAGAGGUUUUUAGAGUGAACUUUAUGCAUGAGCGUAUUCACCAAUGAUUAUCAUCAGUGAAUAAUAAUGCCCUUGUUAUAAUCACUCUUCCGGCCCUGUUGGAAAUGAAACAUAAAACAUUUCAGUUCAUUUGCAUCAUAUAAGACUUAUUUGAGCUUUUUAUUUAGGUAGUAGUAAUUCGAUCAACCUUUAUUGAGCCACCUUUUACAAUAGAAAACUGUCAUGGCAGCCCCCCCCCCAAAAAAAAAAAUAAUAAUAAUGAAAACAGUAUGAAUACAGAAAUAAUGAUCAUGUUGCCUCAAUUUACCACAGAGCUGAUGUACUCGCAGAAAGUCAGGAUAUACUACUUUUGUUGUAUGAAAGUUUAUUGUCCCUUCUGCCAGCGAAUGAAAGAGCAUUUCAUUGUUCUGCCUGUCAGUGCAUCGUUGUAUGUCACUGGCAUAGAUAGAUGAUAUAUAUUUGUAAUUAUUGAACAAUAUUCAUAAUAAUAAGAGUAAUGCUGUAAACAUACGUCAUGUAUUUGUGAACUGUAUUGAAAGACAGAUUGAUGUUAUGUCAUGUUAAAUCCAUGCAAUAACAUUGAAAAGCAUUUUUCUCUUGUUUUUGUUCGCUGUUUGUGAAAUUUGUGCUCGUGUGCUACGUUCGCUCACAUCCUGCGCACCUCCUGGGGGCUAAGCCCACCCGGCCCAUAAAACGUAGUGACGCCUACGAGGUGAGUACAUAAAUGCAUUGUUUCCUUCUGUUAAUAUGACUGUAUUGAUUGUAAUGUAUAAAAAUGGGGAAAGGAAGUCAUGCAAGGCUCCUCUUUUUUUCAGUUAUUCAAAGUUCCAAAUCCUCUUAAGUCCCUCCGUGUACAUCUGAUUUAGGACUUGUGUGGUGUUCCGGCUCCUCCAGGAUGUCCACAGGCUUUCCUGUAUUGUCCAGUUGGGAGCGCCACUCUGGGUCUUCAAUGGCCUCCAGGAGUGCCGCCAGCUCCACCUCCAACUUGCCAACAGUGUCCUCCACUUUCUGCAAAAUACAGAGGGUAUAUUUGGGUGCUUAGAGCUGGAGUAUAAAUAAUGGAAUCAUCAGUCAUGAAUUAUACGAUCCCUUGAUUCAUAUGAAUAAUGCAACUGCUCAAAACAGUAAGGGAAGGUCAGAUGAAGUAUAAGAAGAGUUCUUGAUGAAUUUUUGAGACUUAAUGACUUCAGAAUCAGAAACUGGAUGUUGUGAUCAGCCGCAUUCUUGACUUGAAAAGAAACGUGGAGGCUUUUUAGGUAGUACAGAGAGAGCUUACACUAAAAGUAGGGAAACGAAACUUCCUCAGACCUGAUGUUCCCAAAUCACAAAGUUGAAAAUGACUAUUUGGGAGGGGAUUAAAAAAAAUAAUAAUAAAAAUAAUAAAAUCACCUUCUCCACUACAUCCAAGCGGUUAUGAAGACUUGUGUUUUCUUGACAUGCACUUGAAGGCACAGCUCGACGCGACCGCUCAGAGUCUGCCUCUGAAAGCGCAAUCAGCACACACGACAAUGAACGUACACGAUAAAUCAGACACAAAGCUGUCGACGGCCAAUCAACUGAACACGCCCCUUACAUACUAUAUGGGUCAAAUUUGACCUGUUUUGACAUUCAUCAGUGAUACUAAGAAUCUAAAUAUCAUUCUCACUGAAAUUUGAUGACUUCCUAAAGGACGGGUGUCAAACUUGUUUUUGUUGCGGGCCGAAUUGUAAUGACAAUUUCCCUCAGAGGUCCAUUAUGACAGUGAGACCAUAUAAAUGUUUGUCUCAACAUAUAGGAGGUAGGAGUCUGUCAGCAUGCCAUAUCUUGGCAUGACAAUAUUUGCCUGUACUGCUUGCAAAAAUGCUCCAAAUCUGUCA